GGUUCUGGUUGGCUCCUGCGAUCUACGUCGGCAGCAGCUCUAGCCGCACACCCACUCGGUGACGUAAGCACUUUCCCCGAAGGAUUUUGUUUGCGUUGAUUUAGGAGUCACAGACUGAACCGGGCGAGAAAAAAAAAAGAGACACCGCGAUCGUACAGUCGGAUUAAUUGCGUCAUAAAACAGUGCUGCCGAACGAAUCGCUUUCCGCUUGUUUCCCGCGUGGAUUACAAAAGCCCUUUCAGCGGGGCCCUCGGUUUCUGCGCGACUAGGACUAAACCCUCGGCGCUUGACGCAGCUUCGGAGCGUCCCUCCCCCACUCGCUUGGCAUGGAGGGAUCAGUUGUAGUGAGCGAGAAGAAAAGGAUCAGCUCUGAGCGGCGUAAAGAAAAAUCACGUGAUGCUGCCAGGUGUCGGAGGAGUAAGGAGUCGGAGGUUUUUUAUGAACUAUCUCACGAGUUGCCUCUACCGCACAAUGUCAGCUCACACCUUGACAAGGCCUCUAUCAUGAGACUCGCCAUCAGUUACCUGCGGUUGAGAAGGUUGCUUGACGCAGGGGAUUUGGAUGGGGAGACGGAUUUGGACAAGCAACUGAAUUGUUUCUAUUUGAAGGCUCUGGAAGGGUUUGUCUUGGUUCUAACUGAAGAGGGGGAUAUGAUUUAUCUAUCUGAAAAUGUCAACAAGUGUAUGGGCCUCACACAGUUUGAGCUUACUGGACACAGUGUGUUUGAUUUCACUCAUCCUUGCGAUCAUGAAGAGCUAAGGGAGAUGCUGACUUUCAGAAAUGGGCCAGCAAAAAAAGGAAAAGAACAAAUCACAGAGCGAAGUUUCUUCCUUCGUAUGAAGUGCACGUUAACUAGUCGUGGGAGAACAGUGAAUAUAAAGUCAGCCACAUGGAAGGUACUUCACUGUACAGGACACAUGCGUGUAUAUGAUAAUGCAAACAACCAGAAGCAUUGUGGCUACAAGAAGCCUCCCAUGAAGUGCAUGGUUGUAAUCUGUGAACCAAUUCCUCAUCCAUCAAAUAUUGAGUUCCCCUUGGAUAGCAAGACCUUCCUCAGUCGCCACAGCCUUGACAUGAAGUUUUCCUACUGUGAUGAAAGGGUAACUGAAUUAGUAGGAUAUGACCCAGAUGAACUUUUGGGACGUUCUGUCUAUGAAUAUUAUCAUGCCUUGGACUCUGAUCAUUUGACCAAAGCUCAUCAUAAUAUGUUCACAAAGGGACAGGUGACUACUGGGCAGUACAGAAUGCUUGCAAAGAAAGGCGGUUAUGUCUGGGUUGAAACACAAGCCACUGUUAUAUACAAUUCUAAGAACUCCCAACCACAGUGCAUUGUUUGUGUAAACUAUGUACUCAGUGAGGUGGUGGAGAAAGAUUUGAUCUUGUCCCUGGGCCAGACAGCAUGUGUUUUGAUUCCAGCGGAAUCCCAAGAGAUGAAGAUGCCAGAAAUCUUCACAGACCUGAGCGAGGAGAACAAUGACGAGUGCUUGUUUGAUAAACUGAAGCAGGAGCCGGAAUCUCUUACAGCUCUUGCGCCCGAUGCUGGGGAUGACAUUAUUCCACUGGAUUUCAGUUCAGGUGAUUCUGACAAGCCAUAUGAAGAUGUUCCACUUUACAAUGAUGUAAUGCUUCACUCUACCAGUAAGAAACUGGAAAGUACACCCGUCACUCCUCUCCCAGCCUCAGAAAUGCUAAAGCCUUUGCGGAGCAAUGUUGACCCUGCACUUAACCGGGAAGUUGUGAUAAAGAUGGAAUCAAAUCCAGAACAACUUGAGCUGGCGUUCACCAUUCCACAACUAUCCAAGCCAGGCAGCCCUUCGGAUAUCGGUUCCAGUCAGAGCUCAACAGAGGAAACUGAUUUAGACUUGGAGAUGUUGGCACCAUAUAUUCCUAUGGAUGAUGAUUUCCAGUUGCGAACCUUUGACCAACUUUCAUCUUUGGAAUGUGAUUCAUCAAAUCCACAAACCUUCCAGAGCAUGAGCGCUCUAUUUCAGUCUAUAUCCACCAGUGAUUUCAAGCCUGAGGAUGCCAUGAACGAUCUUAAAACCAUUAUUCAGUCACCUGUUCAUGUGAUGAAAGAGUCCACUAGUGCUCCAGCAUCUCCAUACAAUGGAAACAGAAGCCGCACAAGUUCACCAGUAAGGCCAGCCAAAGCAGUGAUGGAUACAACUGAAAAAUCACGUCCAGGAACUCCAAAUUUACCUGUUCAGUUAAAUAAAAGGUGUGCCGUAUUGGAUGAAGAACUGAAUCCAAAGAUGAUUGCGUUACACAAUGUACAGAGAAAACGUAAAAUGGAAAGCGAUGGCCCACUUUUCCAGGCUAUUGGAAUUGGUAGCCUCUUCCAAACAAAUGUUGAUCCUGGGCCAAACUCAUCUCUCCUAUGGAAACGUGUAAAAGGAUCCGACUCGGACAGGCCCAGUAGUGCAGAGCAAAGAACAAUGCUCUUGCUGUCAACAGAUAUGUCAAGUCAGUUGAUUAGACAGUCUUUGGAUGGAACUGGUCUUCCUCAGCUGACUGGCUAUGACUGCGAGGUGAAUGCCCCUGUUCAUGGCAACAGAAACUUGCUCCAAGGUGAAGAUCUACUACGAGCUCUAGAUCAAGCUAACUGAUUCCAUAUUUCCUCAUCUUUUGGACACCUUCAUCACCCAAAUCAGUGUAUUUAUAUUUUGUAGAUCUGAUAUUAGAAGCCUGUCUACAGUACCGCUUCAUUUUUUUAUCUCUCUUCUCCUUCCUCGUCUGUCUUAUUUCAACGUUUGUUAAGGGGGGCAAAAACGUGCAAGAACUUCUAUCCACAUACAAAUGCUUCAAACUAUAUACGCAGGUUUCAGAUGCUCACCUUCUGUUAUGUUCCCUCUUUUCUGCUUUGGAAAUUUACAAAGUUCUUCAGUUCUUUCAGCACCCAAGAAAUACAAAAGAUUAUGUUCAGUCCAACCAUAUGUAUCGUCGCAUUGUAACUUUAUUAGUUGUCAAGUUUUCUGUUCUUUUCAUGCACAGCAAACCGUGCUUAACCAGCGGUGCAUUGUAGUCGCAAUCGCACAAUUUAUAUUUUCUUAAAGGAAACAACAAAUGAAAUACCAGCAGUUCUUCAUGCAAUAUAUAUAUUAUGCAUUUUUAAAUCUAUGUUUUGGAUUCUUUUUAGUUAUUUUAAAUCACUUCAGGCCUGAGAUUUAUCAUUGUUGUAAGUCCUGCUUAUUUGUUGCAGAUUAUUGGCUGAAGCUUCAGUGUAAAACUUUAAUUACAACUGGAGAUGGACACGAACUAGAGUUAGUAAAAUCAUUUAGUUAGACAUUUUUUUUUUUUUUUUUAUCAAAAGUUCAUCUUUAAAAAUGUGUGUAGACUGUGUAACCGCGUAGAAUCCCUGCUUGUAGUUCGAGGUAGAGUCCUGCGCGGAACCAAUUCUAAAACCCAAACCGCAACCCGCAUAUUUAGCCACUUUGAUCCGCUACCCAACCCGGACUCGAAACUGCCUUAUCCGCAACCCGCCGACCACCAUUAAACAGGAAGUGAGGGUGUUGCCGCAAAAGUGGGCGGGACAGAAACCAGUUUAGUAAAAUUUUAAAAGGAGUAAAGUAUAGACAAUAUUACAUAAGAUAAGACAUUUAGACAAGACCCGCAACCCAACCCGCACCUGAAAAUCCUCCCCUCAUUCCGCAAGGUACCCGCUUUUUUUGCGGGUAACCCGCAGGUCCCCGACCCGCUGCAGGACUCUAGUUCAAGGCGUUGAUUCUAAUUCUAUCACCGUUUAUAAUAGAAAUGUUCUCAGUGGCGGAACUACCGGGUGAGCAGGGGGUGCGAGGGGGCAAGGGCCGUACGGAGGGGGGCGGGGCCCGGCUGUGCGUCACGCACAAGGGCCCGCCCCCCUCUAGGAUCGCCACUGAAUGUUCUGCCUACAAUUUCGGGAUAGAACCAGAUUCAGAGAUGCGGAACUGCAUAGGGCACAGAGUUGCUUGGUAUUUGAUUUCAUGCACUUUCCCCACUAUUGACAUCUUUAUUUUUUCAUUAAAAAAGUUUAAUUCGUAUGACUUUGAGAAUUUUUUUGAUUAAAAAAAAAAAAAUGUCUGUGACAUUGAACAAUGUUUCAGCGUGAUUGUAAGUUACAGAUUUGUGCAAAUUGUUUUCCCAUUUAUGCUUUUUGCUGUUUGUGGUUGGAUCCAACACUAAGUGUAUCGUUUUAUUACAUCAAUAAACAUUAUACGAGGA